GAGCCGCUAUGAGCCAUUGCUGGGGAGGAAGAAGGGAAAGAGCCUACUGAGUGCUGCGAGGGGAGCUCAGGCUGAAGUCAGGACCUGGAAGGUGCUCGUGCCAUUCAAGACUCACUGGCCAAUCAAAGCCUCCAGUCGUGCCAAUCAGAAUAGGAGGCGGGAUCUUCUGCGACCACGCGGCGGCUUCUUCCCAGUAGGUGCACGGGCUCGAAUCCUCUGUCCUGCAACUGGAUGCUGUGGGGCGCGCUCAGGCAGGCUCUGCAGUUGUGGCAUGGAUGCAGUGACCUAUGAUGAUGUGCAUGUGAACUUGACUCGAGAAGAAUGGGCUUUGCUGGAUCCUUCACAGAAGAAUCUCUACAAAGAUGUGAUGCUGGAGACCUACUGGAACCUCACUGCUGUAGGCUACAAUUGGGGAGACCGUAAUAUUGAAGAACAUUGUCAAAGUUCCAGAAGACAUGGAAGGCAUAAAAGAAGUUCUACUGGAGAGAAGCCCUCUGAAUAUACUCAGUGUGGUAAAGCCUUUGCAUGUCACAGGUAUCCUCAAAGGUGUGAAACAAUUCGUACUGGAGAGAAACCCUAUGAAGGUAUUCAAAAAGGUGAAUCCUCUGCACAUCACAGUAGUCUCCAAAUGCAUAAUAUAAUACCUUUGGGAGAGAAACCCUACAAAUGUAGUCAGUGUGGUAAAGCCUUUUCACAACAGAGUCAUCUCCAAGGACAUAAAAGGACACAUACUGGAGAGAAAACUUACAAAUGUAAUCAAUGUGAUAAAACCUUUGCAGGACACAGCCAUCUCCAAAUGCAUAAAGUAACACAUACUGGAGAGAAAACUUACAAAUGUAAUGAAUGUGGUAAAGCCUUUGCAUAUCCUUCUCAUCUUCGAAGACAUGAAAGGAUUCAUACUGGAGAGAAACCUUACAAAUGUAAUGAAUGUGGUAAAGCCUUUGCAUUUAGCACUAAUCUCCGAAUACAUAAAGCAACACAUACUGGAGUGAAGCCCUACAAAUGUAACGAAUGUGGUAAAUCCUUUGCACAUCAUGUGUUUCUCCAAAUGCAUAAAGUAACACAUACUGGAGAGAAAACUUACAAAUGUAAUCAGUGUGGCAAAGCCUUUGCAUAUCCUUCUCGUCUUCGAAGACAUGAAAGUAUUCAUACUGGAGAGAAACCUUACAAAUGUAAUGAAUGUGGUAAAGCCUUUGCAUUUAGCACUAAUCUCCGAGUACAUAAAGCAACACAUACUGGAGUGAAGCCCUACAAAUGUAACGAAUAUGGUAAAGCCUUUGCACGACACAGUCAUCUCCAAAUGCAUAAAGUAACACAUACUGGAGAGAAAACUGAAUGUGGUAAAGCCUUUGCACAUCAUUGGUAUCUCCAAGUACAUAAAAGAAUUCACACUGGAGAGAAACCCUACAAAUGUAGUCAGUGUGGUAAAGCCUUUUCACAACACAGUCAUCUCCAAGGACAUAAAAGGACACAUACUGGACAGAAAACUUACAAAUGUAAUCAGUGUGGUAAAGCCUUUGCAUGUCCUGGUGAUCUUCAAGUACAUAAAAGAACUCACACUGGAGAGAAACCCUAUGAAUGUGAUCAAUGUGGUAAAGCCUUUGCAUAUCCUGGUGAUCUUCGAAGACAUGAAAGGAUUCAUACUGGAGAGAAACCUUACAAAUGUAAUGAAUGUGGUAAAGCCUUUGCAUUUAGCACUAAUCUCCGAGUACAUAAAGCAACACAUACUGGAGUGAAGCCCUACAAAUGUAACGAAUGUGGUAAAGCCUUUGCACGACACAGUCAUCUCCAAAUGCAUAAAGUAACACAUACUGGAGAGAAAACUUACAAAUGUGAUCAGUGUGGUAAAGCCUUUGCAUAUCAUAGUUAUCUCCACGUACAUAAGAGAACUCACACUGGAGAGAAACCCUAUGAAUGUGAUCAAUGUGGUAAAGCCUUUGUAUAUCAUGGUUAUCUCCAAGUACAUAAAAGAACUCACACUGGAGAGAAACCCUAUGAAUGUGAUCAAUGUGGUAAAGGCUAUUCACAAUCAGGUCACCUCCGAGUGCAUACAAGAACACAUACUAGAAAGUAACCCUAUGGAUGUAACCAACGUGGUAAAGUCUUUACAGGUCGGAAGGAUCUUCAGAGAUAGGGUGGUUUGAAUAGGCUUGGCCCAUAGGUAGUGGCACUAUUCGGAGAUGUGGCCUCUAAGGAACUGUGUCACUGUGGGGCUGGACUUUGAGAUCCUAUGCUUAAGCUCCACCCAGGGCAGAAGAGUCUUCUCCUGCCGCCUUCUGAUCAAGAUGUAGAACUCUCGGCUCCUACAGCACCGUGCUUGCUUGGACACUGCCAUUCUUCAGCCUUGAUGAUAAUAGACUGAAUCUGUACACCACCCACCAAUUAAAGGUUGUCCUUUAUAAGA